AUGAGUGCGCUACCUGCUGAUGAGUUCAACCGGGGAUUCAUUGAAGAAUCGGCGCGCUUCAUCCGAAGCCGGGUGCCCGUUGCCCCAAAGCUGCUCAUCAUCUGCGGCUCCGGACUAGGGGGGCUGGCCGACACGCUCGAAAAACCCGUCACACUCAGCUACGACGAGAUCCCCAAUUUCCCCCAAAGCACCGUGCCAGGGCAUGCCGGGGAGCUGAUCUUCGGCACCCUCGCCAACGUGCCAGUGGCGUGCAUGAAGGGCCGCUUUCACUACUACGAAGGUUAUUCGCUGCAAAAAGUGACCACCCCCAUCCGCAUCAUGCAGCUGCUGGGGAUUAAGGGGCUGAUCGUCACCAACGCGGCCGGCAGCGUCAACAAAGCCUACCAAGUGGGCGACAUCAUGCUGAUCAAGGAUCAUCUGAACUUCUUCGCGUUUGGUGGGCGGCAUCCGUUGCGCGGGCCGAAUGAUCCCCAAUUCGGCGCCCGAUUCUUCCCAAUGAAUCGCGCCUACGAUCGGGCGCUGCUCCAAGUGGGGAAAAGGGCGGCGGCGGAAGUGGGCCUGGCCAAUCACUGCCACGAGGGCGUCUAUGGAAUAUAUUCGGGGCCCAACUAUGAAACAGUGGCGGAAAUCAAGUACCUCCAACUAGUGGGCGUCGAUGCGAUAGGAAUGUCGACCGUGCCGGAAGUUUUGGUGGCCAAACACUGCGGUCUGCGGGUUUUCGGGUUCAGUUUCAUCACGAAUAAGUGCGUCGACUCCUACGAGGAGGCGGAGGAACCAAACCACGCCCACAUUCUGGAUGUGGUGCAAGCCAAAGCGGAAAAACUCAAAAACCUGGUUAUCAAGUUUGUGGAACACACAAGCGCCCAGUGGCUGUAA